AGGCCACAUAGAUCCUAUCAGACAGAUAUAUAUAGUUUCAAAAACAACGGCAAAUAUGGGACUUGCUGGAACGAGAACAAAACAGAGGUUCGGAUUGGAUCCUAGAAACACACAUUGGUCAAAUAAUACCCACAGAUUUGGACACCAGCACCUUGUGAAGCUUGGAUGGGAACCCGGAAAGGGGUUAGGUUUAACAAAUGAUGCUUUGACCUCGCAUAUCAAGAUUACAAUGAAGACUGAUAAUGUAGGAUUGGGAGCCACUUUGGCGAAGAAGCGAGCCAAGCAAGACGAAUUUGACAGUGGUGAAAAUAUGCACCUGGAUGCAUUUCAACGGUUAUUAGGAAGAUUAAAUGGUAACGAAGAGAAGAUAUCGAAAGAGGUCGACCGGAAGAGAAAUGAACGAAUUCUUAAUGGCCGCUGGGGGAUAAACUUUGUUCUGGGGGAUACGUUAUCCAGUACGUGGGACAAGGAAAACAGACAUUUGAUAAGUACAGAGGUUGUCAGCAACAAGAAAAGAAAAAACGAGGAGACAGAACCUGUGGCGGAGCCUCCUGUUAAGAAAUCCAAAAAAGAGAAGAAGGAAAAGAAGGAAAAGAAGGAAAAGAAGGAAAAGAAGGAAAAGAAGGAGAAGAAGGAGAAGACAGAGAAGAAGGAGAAAAAGGAGAAGACGGAGAAGAAGGAAAAGAAGGAGAAGACGGAGAAGACGGAGAAGAAGGAGAAGAAGGAGAAGAAGGAGAAGAAGGAGAAGAAAGAUAAAAAGGAAAAGAAGCACAAGAAUGACAAAACAUCUAAAGACGUGACGAGGGAUUCUAUGUUGAAGCCUAAGACUGAAGUCUCUUCUACCAAUGUCCUGGGAAGCAAAAUGGCUUUGAGAUCUAAGUGGAUCAGGCAGAAGCGUGCCGCAGUAAUGGACGAGAAAGCACUGCAAGAGAUUUUUAUGAUCAAAUGAAGUAAAAAAUAUAUCCAUUUUUCGUCUUGCC